ACCAGAACCAAGCGAAAUUCUUUUUAUCUGACAUAAACAUUGCUCUUCCAUUUUCACCUUCAACUGGAUUGCAAACCCAUUUUAUUCCUUCUCUCUGUGUCACCGAAACCCUAAUUUCAUCUGGCCCUACUGCCCCCCUCUACAGCUGACUUGACAAGAUCAGCAAUCGAAACAAAGGAGAUACAGAUGUAGAGAACAAUGGACGCUAAUUUGUGCGACAUUAAUCACCUGGAUUCGGAUGUCCUUUUGCCGCCGCGAAAGCGGCUUCUUGCUGGAUUGAAGAAACAGAACUUUGAUGGGAAUUCCCACCAGCCAUCAAGCUCGGGUACUUUAACUCAAUUUGAUGCCCAUCUUAAGAACCUAUUGAGAUCUCAUUUAAAUAACCCAAAUAUUUCGCCCGAGGAGAUUGUGAAGUCCUCGAGAUCAGCUGCUGAAGCUGCAAUUAAGGCGGCAGAGGCUGCAAGAGCUGCUGCUGAAGAGAAAGCUGCAAUAGCAGCAAAGGCAGUUGCUACAGCCAAGAGUGCUUUGGAAUUGGUAGCAAAUGUUUCUGAGGAGGCACCUAGCAAAGAAAGGUACUUGAAGAAGAACAAGAUGAAGAAGCAUGUUCCCGUCCGAAUGUUGUACAAUAAGCACCAACGUGUUGAGAAUUGCAGGACAGAUGAAGAGUUGGCUCGUAAGUUGCAUCGAGCCAUGAAUAGUUCCCCAAGAAUUUCAAAGAACUCUUCAACUUCGGAAUUAAAAACUAACAAAAAUAAGAGACUGAAAGGCUUGUCUACUCUAGAAAGAGCUAGGGUUUCAAAUGGUGCUAUGGUGCACGAACGAAACAUAGCUUCCAGAACCAAUGGGAAUGGAGUGAUAGACAAGGUGGGUUUGGGAGUUUCCAUCCAGGAGGGAUAUGUUGUUAGAGUAGAUGAAAACACAUCAGAAUCCUUUAAACCAGAUAGGUCAAAGAUAGAUAAUGGGGAAGCAGAAACAGGCCACUCAAAGGAAAGGAUGUUGGAAUCGUCAGAUGAUACAUGUAGCAUUGGCAGAAAGAGGGGAAGAAUCAAGCAGAAGAAAUUGCCACUGAGCAUUUGUACAUUUAGGGAUCGAGCAAACCCAAAGGAGGAUCCAAAAUCUAAGAGUUCCCCACCCACUGAAGAGAACACAGCGAAACCUACUUCAAGCAAUAUGCCCUUGUUUUCUGUAGGGCCCCCUCGUGAUGGCGUGAGGCCGGUUGAGACAGCACCAUUGUGGAAGUGUCAAGCAUUCAAGGCACCCACAUGUGUUAAACAAAAUAAAGUCAUGCAGUCAUGAUAAAUGGCUACAAGAUAGAAGUUGUUAGCCAAGGUAGAAUUCAUUUAUGGUUUUCUUAUGCAUGCUUUUCCCCCUUUUUCCCUGUCUUGUUGCUUGCAAUGGCUCUGUAAUGAUUUUGAACUUAUAUGAAUGUAAAUUUACCUGUUUGAUUUCUCUCA